AUGCAGGUCCGUUCGUUCAACCCCAUUGUCAGGGAGUUCUUGGGAGAAUUUUUGGGGACAUUUGUGCUUAUGUUCCUGGGGGAAGGUGCCACAGCAAAUUAUCACACCGUGGAAAAUGCGAAAGAUUGGCUUCGACUAUGUAUAGGAUGGAGUUUGGGGGUAUUUUUUGGCAUUCUGACAGCGGCCAAAUUAAGUGGUGCACAUUUGAAUUUAGCUGUGACGGUGGGUUUUGCCACGAUUAAAAAAUUUGAUUAUAAGAAAGUACCACUAUAUUUUGUUGCGCAACUUUUGGGGGCAUUCUCAGCAACGGCAUCCGUCUAUGGAUUAUACUACGGCUUUGUUAAAGAGAGCAAAAUCCCACAGUUUGCGUGGGAAACAGGCAGAAACCAAGCUAUAGGCUAUACCAGUGCCUUUAUGCACGAAUUAGUACUAACAGGCAUUUUACUGCUGGUGAUAUUACUAGUGGUUGACGAAAACGUAUGUGGACAUUUUAAUGUUAUAAAACUCAGUGCUGUAGUUGGAUUGACCAUCUUAUGCAUAGGUUUAAGCUUUGGUGGAAAUACCGGAUUUGCCCUUAACCCCUCAAGAGAUUUAGGUGCCAGAUUACUUUCCCUAGCAGCCUACGGACCCCAGGCAUUCACAAAAGAUACGUGUUACUUUUUAGUUCCACUUAUAGCCCCAAUUAUUGGCUCCAUAAUUUUUUGCCAGCUUUACGAUAAGCUAAUUGGUCCGCUAAUUGAAGGGGCCACCACGGAUAAAGGCGGCGUGGAGGU